CCUUACUCAAGGCCAAUCGUAUUCAAGACCAUGCAUUUGAAAUGAAAAUGGUACCUCGCGUACCAUUUUCACCGGGGAUGAAUAGCGACGGACGAAGCUACUUUUAACACGUUCGUUUCUGAUAGCAGCAGAACACGUUACGUCUCGCGCGCAUAACUACUUUCAAUAAAUUCCUCGGCGAGAUACUUCUACGACUUUAUUUUCGGCACGGCGGAUUAAUUAUUCGAUACGAAUGCGAUGCAUGUUACAUUUGCCCUUAUCUGCUUUUUCCAAUACAACUCUACCUCACACUGUUCAAUUUGCCAGGCCAACUUGCCGCCCACGCGAGGAAAAGACAAGACGACUGAUAAUCCCGUCAAAAUAAACUAAAAUAUAUAUACAUAUGUACGUAUGAAUGCUACGGUGCCGAAGCGAUAGAGCUCGCAAUACAACGAUUAUGACGUGAGAGGCAGGAUUUCCAGCCAAGUUCGCCUGUUGUCCAGCCGUCCUAAAGGGACAACUGGAACGCCGUGAGAGGGUGGGAGUCUCUAUAUUAAAUCAUGGCGAGACUUGUGCUGAAAGCCAGUCGUUCGCGGAGCGUUGGAACACACAUGAAGGAUCUGCUCCGUGCCUGUUACAAGGACUAGCAAAUAUUUUUCCGCGGACCAUCUUCAAGUUGCAUCGUGUCGGUUCGUCGUUUGCCCCCAUUGUACAAUCAUUGACAAAGACUGGAAACUGUUUGGGAAGAGCGAUCUGAUUACAAUCGUCGAUCGAGAAGACUGAGUAGGCUGAAAAGAAUUGAGAAGAAGAAGGCUCGGAAAAAUCCAAAGUCGAGGCUACCUUUCUUUUUAGGUAUCUCGCCGGAAAGAGAGCCGGUGUCAAGAAUGAAGCUGAUUGCAUUAAAAUUGGUUUCGUGCCUGUUUACAACGCUACUACUCGCAGUGAUCGCCUUCGGAUAUCCCGCCAGUAACAGCGAAGCAGCGAUCGAGAACAUGAGGCAGAUUCCGCAAUGGCAUUGUCUCCGCUAUAGAAAAUUCGAUUUUGUUCGUCGCUGUCGGAAUUAUCGCUUAGGAAGAAGGCACUGACAAAUGGACAUUCAAUACGAUCCACGAUUGGCAACUACUAUACUUUAUGGCAAAUUUCGUCGUCCGAUUGUGCAGAACACGCCAUUUCAAGUCGUUAGACUAAACAAGUUUAAGUUUAUUUAAAUUAGUUUCAAUUAGAUUAUACAGACAUCCACACACGUAAAGGCAUUUAUGUUAGAGAACAAAAAUAAUUUAGAAUUAUAUUGUUCUGUUAAAGAAAUCCACAUUAAGUGCAAUGCAUGAUACGAGAAAUCACAUUUUAUAUUCUUUUAUUUUUAUUGAUGAAUUUUCUUCUCUUCAUUUAGAUAAGCAUUAGAUAACAUAGAAACUUCGAUUCUUGUACUGAUUCUAAAUUUUACACGAAGCAUUCAAAACAAAUUAUUGAAACAAUUUUUUGUAUUAUCUUUCAUACAAUAUGC